UAUAGUACUGAAAAUGGCGACAGUAUCGGGAUAUUGUUGCUUGUCAAUAGAUACACUUUCAGGGCCAAAAUGGGAGAAAUCGGGAAAAUUAGAAUUUGUAAAGCUUUGUAAAUCUUUAAGUGAGACUGAAUCCACUGUUAAACUGUUGCCAAAGAAAAAUUUUAAAAGAGCACUGUAUGAAGUUUGUUAUGCUGUAAAUCAUAAUCACCUCAAAGCUGAGUGUGCUAUAUCUGCUUUCACAGAACUGAAGGAUUCAAUUGCAUCAUUACCAUCCACACUUGCUGAUGUUUUGGGAAUAGUAGAUGUUGAAACAACUUGCUCAGAAGAUACUGUCAGGGAAAAAUUUGUGUCCUUUGUUGGUGCUUUACGGAAUACAGUUGUGCCUGAUAGUCUGUUAAAGGAAAGACUUGAUCAAGAUUCCUUGGAACCUGCAGGUUUAGUUGGGUCUCAAAUAGGAUUCAACCAGAAAUAUGUGAAGACCAAAACAAGAUUGUACUACAAACAACAGAAGUUCAAUUUGUUGAGAGAAGAAAGUGAAGGCUACUCUAAGCUUAUUACUGAGUUAAAUCCUGACUUUGGAAUAAAGAAUUCAUGGGAGCAAGUUCUUCAAAACAUUAAAUCAUUGAUUGGCUGUUUUGAUCUUGAUCCUAAUCGAGUUCUUGACACAAUUCUUGAGUCUUUUGAAUGCCACCCAGAGGAGCAUGAAUUCUAUAUUCCUCUCUUACGUGCUUACAUUAUUGACAAACUCACACUCUGUCAUAUAAUUGGAUUCAAAUUUAAUUUUAGAGAGCAAGCUGCUGACUGGACCACACCUAAAUCUUUGUUUAAAUGUGCAGCUUUGUUGCUAAAACAUGAAUUGGUAGAUCUUGAUGAUUUAUAUCCAUAUCUACUGCCAGAAGAUUCUGAAAUUAUUCCAUUCUACAACAAAGAAGUGAAUGAUGCUAAAGCUUAUGCCAGAAAGCUAAACACUGUUGUCUUAUCAGACAAAAAAGAGGAUGACAAGAAAGAUGACGAGCAGCAGAUUAUUGACCUGAGAGAAAAUAAUCAAAAGCUAGGUCUUUGUGAAGCCCUACUAGAUAUUGGUGCAUGGGAGAAUGCUAAAGCAAUACUUGAUCGUCUGCCUGAAAAUUUUGCUGUGGUGCAUCCGUCAAUUUCAUCUGCAUUGUGUUCACUCAUACACAGAGUCAUUGAGCCAGUUUAUGAGAAAAACACAGGACUGAGUCCUCUGCUGGCCAAGAAGAGAUCAACAUGUGUGCAUACCUCUGAUAGUCCCCAGGCUCACACAUUUCAGCAACUCUAUCACCUGGCAAUGCCAAUGUUGUAUUAUCUUGGUCCCUAUGCUUCUAAAGAUCCAGUUUUGAUGGUUAAAAUCAUGAGGCUGGCUAAAACAUUCAUGUCUAAGCGCCAUUCAGGAGGUAUCGGCCCAGAAGAUGAAAUAGCUUAUUACGGGUUUUUAAAUGCUCUUGAGGAGGUUUUACUGCCAUCUAUGUCUCUUCUACCAAGCAAUUGCUCUAUGGCUGAAGAACUGUGGAGCCUUCUGAAACUGUAUCCUUAUGAAAUCAGGUACCGGCUUUAUGGAACAUGGAAGAAUGAAAUGUAUUUCAUUUACCCGAUUCUAAUUCGAGCCAGAGCAGAUUGUCUUGAUAGAGCCAAGUACAUUAUGAAGCGUCUGUCAAAAGAAACUGUCAAGCCUUCUGGAAGACAGCUUGGAAAACUUAGUCACAAUAACCCGGGCAUUGUUUUUGAAUAUGUGUUGAAUCAGAUUCAAAGGUAUGACAACUUGAUUGGACCAGUUGUAGAUUCUCUGAAAUACCUGACUACUGUUUCAUAUGACAUGUUGACAUUUUGCAUUAUUGAAGCUAUUGCCAACCCCGAAAAAGACAGAAUGAAAACAGAUAACAUGAACAUAUCUCUGUGGCUUCAAAGUUUAGCUAACUUUGCUGGUGCUAUUUGUCGCAAAUACCAAGUAGAGCUGACUGGCAUACUACAGUAUGUGGCUAAUCAGUUAAAGGCAGGAAAAAGCACUGACUUGCUGCUACUUAGAGAGGUGGUCCAAAAGAUGGCAGGGAUUGAGAUAUCUGAAGAAGUAACAGAUGAUCAGCUGGAAGCCAUGGCUGGUGGUGAACUUGUUAAACAAGAGGGCAGUAAUUUUUCUCAGGUUCGGAAUACCAAAAAAUCCUCAACAAGACUUAAAGACACUUUGUUAGAGCAUGAUCUCGCCUUGUCCCUGUGCCUACUUAUGUCUCAACAGAGAGAUAGUACAGUAUUUGCUGAAGAUGCUAACAAGCAUCUAAAAUUAGUUGGGAAGCUCUAUGAUCAGUGUCAGGAUACCUUGGUCCAGUUUGGUAGCUUUCUGUCCAUGCAGCUAAGUACAGAGGAAUUUGUCAAGAGGCUACCCGCUGUUGAUGUCUUGUUAUCUACUUACCAUAUCCCACAUUCUGCUGCCUUCUUUCUGUCCAGACCUCUGUAUGCACAUGCCAUAAAUGUGAAAUAUGAUGAAAUGAAAAAGCUUGAUAAAGAAAAGGAAAAAGACAAAAAAACAAAUAAAAUAUCAUGUUACAUCAAAGCUUCUGAAGAAAUCAUGGGACCAGUUGUUGAAGCCAUAAAGCCAGUUUUUUCAUCAAAAAUAUGGGAUGAUCUAACACCUCAGUUUUAUAUCACUUUUUGGUCAUUAUCUAUGUAUGACCUACACGUCCCUAAAGCAGCAUAUGAAAAACAAAUAGCAUUGCAAGAAAGCCAAAUUAGUGCUGUGGAAGCUAACAGAGAUAUGCCUGCUAGUAAAAAACGCAAAGAGCAAGAGCGUUGCAAGAUUUUGAUUGAUAAACUGAAGGAUGAAGCCAAGAAACAGGCCGAGCAUGUGCAGAGAGUGAUGGAGAGGUUAGAGAAAGAGAAAGAACUCUGGUUCCCUACAGGUACUUUAAAAUCUGAAAUGACAACAAACUUGCUGCAGUAUUGUUUAUUUCCUCGCUGUUGUUUCACUGCCAGUGAUGCUAUUUAUUGUGGUCACUUCAUUCAAGUACUUCACAAUCUUAAAACACCCAACUUUUCAACCUUAAUUACCUAUGACAGGGUAUUUAAUGAUAUUACCUACACUGUGACAAGCUGCACUGAAAAUGAAGCUCGCAGAUAUGGUAGAUUUUUAUGUAGUGCCCUUGAAACUAUCAUGAGGUGGCAUAGCAGCCCAGCCAUAUAUGAAAAGGAGUGCUACAAUUUCCCCGGGUUCCUUACAGUGUUCCGUAAAGGAACAGACCAGAACAAUAAAAUGGACAGACUUGAUUAUGAGAACUACAGACAUGUGUGCCACAAGUGGCAUUUCAGGCUGACUAAAUCUGUUAUCACCUGUUUGGAAUCCAAAAACUACAGCCAGAUAAGGAACUCUCUGAUAGUGCUUACCAAAAUUCUGCCACACUUCCCACGCAUGACUCAAAUAGGAAUGGCGAUAGAGAGAAGAGUAGACAAACUGAGUAAAGAAGAAAAGGACAAAAGACCAGAUAUCUAUGCUUUGGCUAUUGGCUACGCUGGACAACUGAAAAAUAAAAAAGCUACAUGGGUGCAAGAGACUGAAUUUCACAUCAAGGAGCCUAAAAAGCCAGCAAACAUGGCAUCACAGAACCAAGCUCUUCAGCAAAGGCAAGCUGAUGGUAACUCUACAGCCACAUCAAAAAAGGGAGAUCUUGAUGGUCGUGUCAAAGAUGUUAAACAAGAAGUUUUAACAAAAGAAGAGAAAAGAGAAAGAGCACAAACAGGAGAUGUGGAUAAGAAGAAGGAAAGGACAAGUGAAAAAAAGGAAGCUAGAGAAAAGAAAGAGGCAAAAUUAAAAGCUGCUAGCAAUAUGGAGACCAACGGAGUUGGCGUUAAAAGAGAGUUGCGAGACAGCCCAGACCAGCAUAACAUGAGGCCGGCUGAUGGGACUGAAGAUGGACUGAGGUACAAAGAACCAAAACUAGCCAAAGAAGAGAAGCCUAAGAAAAGUGACCGCAAGGACCGCGAGGCCAACAAGCUGGCAAAAGAGAAAGCGAAGGAAGAAAAAAGAGAAAGAAAGGAGCGUGAGGCAUCAGCAAAAGAAGAAGAGAGACAUGCUGCCCGGAUGCUGAAAGAUUAUGAUGGAGGGAUAGGUAGCCAUAUGUCAGCAUCAUCACACAGACGAAGUGCAGAACCUUCACCUAAACAACUAGAUGAAAGAGAGUCUAAACGAAGAAGAUUGGAAGCUAGUGGUUCAUCUCAGGAGUCAGCGCUGGAGGCUCGAGGCAAGCACAGAAAGAGUCCCACCAGUCUAGAAGUUGAUGAAGCCUUUGAAGCAGACCGUGAUAAAGAAAGGAAGGAAAAAAAGAGGGACCAUUCAGUGGAAAAUUAUGAUGUGGAUCAGUUAAAGAGAAGGAAAAGUGAGGAUCACUAUUCUACAACAAGAAAGUUGAAUGGUGAGCCUAAUGGAUCUUCUGUCAAACUCUACGUAGAAAAAGACCAUAAAGAAAAACCUUCUAAACAAAGCCACUCAUCAAGAAAGGAACAAUUUACAGACCUUGAGGGAUCACCUAAACAAAAAAUAAAAGAAAAAAGAGAAAAAAGCUCGUCCAAGAAGCAAAAGAAGUGAUCCAACUAUUCAUCUAAGGUGCCAUUCAUAUCUAACUUUAUCAACUUUCUCAUGGAACAGUGCAGCUGAAUGUUGAAUAUCCAUCCUGUGUCUGGUAGGAUGGAAAUGUUGUAAAUAAGCUGAUGUAUGUGAAAAAAUAAUUUUACGGUGCGGAUGAUAAAAUAAUGUCUGAAAUGUUUAUCAUUCUUCUAAAACUUAAAAUGCAAAAACAAUUUUUGCUUUUAAAUUUAUUAAAUAUAAUUCUCAGGCCUUUUUACAUCUUUUUAAUGCUAAAAGAAUACAAGUAUUGUUUUUUGUUUAUGUAUGACUUGUCUUUUAAUUAAAAGGAAGCUAUAAAGCAAUAGCAUAUUCCUAUUGUAGAAUUCCAUAACAAUGUAAUUUUAGACACAGUUGCCUGAGUCAAUCUAAUUCA